UUUCUUUCUAUAUAAAUUAUAUUUUCUUUUACAAUGAAGGUUAAUUUUAAUAUAUAUUUUAGAUAAUUUAAUAAAUCUAUUUUUAAAAAAAUGACCUAUAAGAUAAAUAAUUUUAAAAAAAAAUUAAACUAAGCAAGCCCUUUCUAUUAUAAUUCCUAAAAAAAAUGCUAUUCAUUUUAUUCGCUUGUAUCUUGAUUUGUGCCAAAGCCGAUCGAAUAGUUAUACCGGCAGAAUACAAACAUUUAUGUUGGCAGCAACAUCGUGAUCAUUAUCCUAAUCUAUUCGAUAUAUUUUUGACUAAAGAUAUAUUAGAGUUUUCACAACUGUAUCUUAGUAGAGCGAGCAAUAAUACAAUAAAAGCUCUCAUCCAAGGUGGUGAAAUGGGAUUUGAAAGUCAUUCAACGGAGUAUACCAACAAUAAAACUUUAAUUCUAUAUGAGAAGAUUCAAUUAUUUAACUUAUUUAGAUUAAAUGCACUCAACAGAACAUUGAUAAUCGAAGCUAAGAUGGAAAUCAGUUUAGAAAGCAUUGGUGCAACGAUCGUUUUGUGUAUGAUGCCAUUACAGAGUACAGUACAAUAUAUGUGUAUGGAAUUCAGAAACGUAAAUAUUACAUUAACAAUAUCCAAUAACUUGGUAUCGUUACGAAUAGAUAAUUCGAACCACACACUCUUGGGCACAUACGAAAACUAUAUCUUAUAUAGCUUAUCGUGGAGCUUACCUAAAGAAAAUUUUUAUCAAUACCGUUUUGUAGGUGGAAGUAUAAACGUAUCUUGCAUUCUUGAAAUUUGCAAUUAAAAAAAUAUAUAUUCCCCUUAAUCCAUUCUGUUCUAUAUAUA